CUUCAGGAGAGCGGUGGUCAGGAGGUGGGAUCGACAGUGGACCCAAUGGUCCUUUGGCUCCUCCUCUCGGGAAGUAAAGUCCAAAAGAUCCUGGCCUUAGCGGAGGCUCAGUCACCCUUGUGUUUUGGCUCUCGUAACCGACGUUCACUCACGCGGCUGAUUUCCCAGCACCCCGAACGGAGCAAAGAGUGAAAACGAGAGUUCGAGCCCGGGACGCAGGAAGAUUUACUUUUCGGUUUCAACUCCCUUUUCCAGGUUUCUUCUUCCUCUGCAGAUCACGCCGCAGGUUUCUCCUAACUCGGAGAAAAGUCGGGCCGACGGCCAUGCAGAGCAAGAAGAGGAAGCUCCGUCCUUACACGGAACCACUUGAUGGAGGAUGGGGAUGGAUGGUUGUCCUGCAUUUCUUUCUGGUGAACGUGUGCGUGCUGGGAACCCUGAAAACGUUUGCCAUCUUCUUCGUGGUUUUUCAAAGAGAAUUUGAUGGCUCCUCUGAGCAAGUCAGCUGGAUUGGAUCCAUCAUGUCUGCGCUUCGCCUGGCAGCAGGUCCAUUGGUGGCCAUCGCCUGUGAGAAACUGGGGGAUAAGCAGACGUCCAUUCUGGGAGCACUCCUUGUUAGCGGAGGAUGUCUCAUGAGCAGCGUGGCCAUGAGCAUCUCCUUCCUCUGUGUGUCUAUGGGACUUCUACUAGGACUGGGAUUUUCUUGCUUGUACCAGACUGCAUCUGUGAUGACGGCCAGGUAUUUCAGGAAACGCUUGGCUCUUUCUACUGCUAUCGCCCGAUCGGGGAUGGGGCUGACCUUUCUGAUGGCACCUUUCACUCAAAUUCUGAUAGACAUUUACGACUGGAAAGGUACCCUUCUGAUAUUGGGAGGGAUUACUCUGCAUUUGGUGCCCUCUAGCAUGCUCUUGCGACCUAUUAAUCUCAAAAGCGAAAAGCCCUCUGCCGCUAAAGGGGAAGACCGACGACGGCCGUCGCGAAGUCCGGCUCCUGCGAGCGGCCUGGAUGCAAUCGGCCCCAGUGAGACACCCGCUCACCUCGCUAGAUCGGAGCCUCCUGUCCAAGAUGGGGCCGUGAACAAUCUUGGGCGAUCCGGCACAGAGAACUCGAUAGGUUCUGAACCCCCUUGGGAAAAAGAAGUCUUCAACGAGGGGUCGAACCAGCACCGGGAACUCCCGCCGACAGAAGAGGAAACUCGUGACCGAAAGACAGCUCUGUGCCGCCAUACGCAGUGGCUCAUUGAUUUCUCGAUUCUUAAGGACCCUUCCUUCUGCAUUUUCACCUGGUCUUUCGUAUUUGUCCAGUUAGCAUACUUCAUCCCCACCUUCCACCUUGUAGCCAGAGCCAAAACACUUGGCAUUGACCCGAUGGAUGCCUCCUACCUCAUUUCAACAUCCGGUAUCCUGGAAGCGGUCGCCCAAGUUCUCUCCGGCUGGGUUGCUGACCAGAACUGGACCAAGAAAUAUCAUUAUUACAUAGCUUACCUCAUCCUGAACGGCAUCACUAACCUGCUUUGUCCUUUCGCCACAACGUUCCCACUCCUCAUGACCUACACCAUCUUCUUUGCCAGUUUCUCCGGUGCCUAUCUGGGGUUGAUCCUUCCUGUGCUGGUCGAUAUGGUUGGAAUUUCCAGGCUGCCAGGUUCUUUGGGAUUCGCCUCUUUCUUUGCGGGGCUGGCCGCCAUUGCUGGACCACCAAUAGCAGACUUUGGUAAUCUCACUGCUGAUCAGAGACCACCAGGAGCUGUUUUGCCGAAAAAGAUGGAGACGGAACACCCCAGUCGACACUGCUACAGUCACUUCUUCCACAAAGUUGGCUCUACGAUCACACCCAGACAUAUGCCUGCUCUUUUCUCUUCGCUGGUGCCUGCUACAUCCUCUCACCCAUAUCCUUUUGGUUUGUGCCUUUGGCCCUGAGAUGGAAGAAAAAAACAGAAGCUGCCCAGGGAGAAAGAGAGCUCCCCUAGGAUUUCAACCAAGAACUGAGGCCUGAAAAAACAACCAACCAACCAACGACAACUUAUCGGCUGCGAACAACAGAAGCCGCUGGUAGAAAUUAAGACAAUUAGAACUGCGGGAAUAGUCCACUAAACUCAUUGUUCCAGUGAGCUUUGGUAAAGGGGACAGAAAACAAUUGCCCUUUCGAGACCUGAGUAUGGGCAGCAAACGAGACGGACCUUCUCGGAGCACCUGGAUUACAACUUUAAAACGAAAAAAAAGUUUCAAGAAUAUCGAAAAGACCUU